AACCCUAAAACAACAAAACGAACGGGCUCGAGCCUUCACGUUUCGCCUUCUGCUCUCGGGUAACUCUCCCUCUCUCUCCCUCUCUUUGUGGAUUCUAGGUUUUUACCAGAAGGGACGUUUUUCCCGCUUCAUGCCAUCCUGAAGACCUGAACGCCCCAACUCCUGGAUUUCUUGCAACGCUUUUUCCUUCGUUUCCAUCUUCUCUCUUUCAUUUCAUUUUCCCAAUCUCUGGUUCCGAACCCAACUAUUUGUCGAUUCCCAGUCUUUCUAUCCCAUUUAGGCGGUGCCAUAUUUUUCUGGCUCUCAAACCUAAUCUUUUCAGCGCCUGCAAUUGGUGGCUCGCGGUUUCGUUGUUGGUUGCUGUAUACGAGCGCCCGUGAGCUGAAAAGAUGUACCCUACCGGGGGAGGAAAUGCCUAUGGGCAACAGCCAUACGCGUCGCAGCAUGGAUAUGGACAAUCAGCUGCAUCUGGGUACCAUGGUUCUUCGACUUUGAGCCCCGAUUCGUUGCGACAUUCUGCAAUGGCAGGUGGCCAUCAGGAUGCGCAUAUGGGUGGUGGAUAUCGUGGGCUUCCCUCUAGUGGGGCAUUAAGCGGAGGAUCGUCUGUGCCUGCUCCUACUCAGUAUGGUGCGCACUAUGGCACGGCUUAUGGAGCCCCACAGUUAGAUGCAGUUGGUGGGAAGGGCACGGGCUUGUCAGCCCUUCAGGAUCGUUCUGGUGGAUCAUCCAAAUUUUCUUCCAGUGAUAUUGGCUCAAAUCUGGGUUUGAAAAGUGCUGAUUAUAUUCCAUCAUCAGACUAUGGGUAUGGCCGUAAAAUUGACCCUUUUGCUAAGGGAAAGGUCUCUGAGUACCCUCUGGAUAGGAGUCAUUACGUUGAAAGUCAGAGCACAUACAUUGGAAGAGAUUUGCAGAGUGAAUCAGCAAGAACAUACUCUGAUUAUGUUAGUCUUAGCCAUCAAUAUCAGUCUGAUAUACGUGAUCAGGCUUCUUUGCUGCAUCACCAACAGCUGUUGCCCACUGAAACUGAUGUGCGACAGAGUUUGUCAGCUUCGACUCUUGACACAAGCAUGAGACCAAGUGGUUAUCUUGCAGCAAGGACUGGUGCUACCCGUCAUGGAUCUCAAGAUCCUGCUGCAUAUUGUACAAGAAUGGAUGCUGAUGCUCGCAGUUUCUCCGCACUUGGUGGUGGUUCAUACGCUGGACAACAUCCAGCCUCAGUUCUGGGCACUGCUGCAAGGAGUAACUUUGAUGAUCUCUACCAUACACAUGGACCUUCCGGAGCAGGCUAUGGCGUUGGAUUACCUCCUGGCCGUGAUUAUAGCACAGGCAAAGCACUUGGGAAUGUGCUUGACUAUCCUGGAGGCACUUCUUCUCAUUCGGGUCAUCUGAGCAUAGGAGGUCCACGGCUGGAAGAUAGAAAAGAUGAUCGAGGUAUACUCCGCCGUGAGUUUGAGAUUAGGGAGGAGGAUCGUCGCAGAGAUCAUGCACGUGAGAGAGAAAAAGAGCGAGAGAGGGAAAGGGAGAGAGAAAGAGAGAGGGAGCGGGAGCGGGAGCGGGAGAGAGAAAGGGCACGCUUGAUUGAACGUCGCGAGGAGAGAGACCGCGAACACAAACGUGAACGUGAACGUGAAGUUAGACGCGAUCGAACACCUCCAAGGAUGAUGAGAGAUCACCAUGGUUCAAAGGAGCGCUUUUUGAGAAAGGAUUCAACACGCCAUGAAGUCACACAUAGGCGUCAUUCACCUCUUAAGGAAAGGAGAAGAGACUAUAUCUGCAAGGCGUAUCCAUUUUCUUUGGUGGAUACCGAAAGGGAUUUUUUGUCAGUCACCAAGCGAUAUCCCAGGCUGGCAGUUUCUCCAGAAUUUUGCAAGCUUAUUAUUUACUGGCCGAACCAUAAGUUGAAUGUGUCUUUUGGUACUCCUGUCAGCUUUGAGCAUGAGUUAGUUGAAGUGGAUGGCAAUGUGGAUCAAGAGCAACCAUCAACCGCAGCAGGUGCUGAGGAGAAUUCAGGGAAAUCUUGUGGAGUAAAAACAAUCUGGAAGGCAAAGGUGAUUUUAAUGAGUGGAAUAAGUGAUGAUGCUUUUGAGGACCUAUCAUCUAAAAAGAACUUGAAUGAUAGGAUUCCACACUAUAAUAAUAUUCUGCGAUUCGUUGUUCUCAAAAAAGACCGUUGCUUUAUGGCGAUUGGUGGCUGUUGGAACAGCGAGGUUGAUGGCGGGGAUCCAUCUGUUGAUGAGUCAGCUUUGAUUCGAACAGCAUUAAGGCACACGAAAGAAAUUACCCAGCUUGAUUUGCACAGCUGCAUCCAUUGGAAUCGUUUUCUGGAGGUCCAUUAUGAUAGAGUUGGCAAGGAUGGGCUAUUCAGCCACAAAGAAAUAUCUGUUUAUUUCCUUCCAAAUUUAUCGGAAUGUCUUCCGUCUCUUGAUGUUUGGCGAACUCGGUGGCUAGCUCAAAGGCAGGCUAGGUUAGAGAGAGAACAGCUGAGGUUGAAGAAAGAAAAGAGCAAAUCUGUUGAAAGGAAAGAUAUAAAAGGAAUUAUAAGUCAUGGUAAACCAGAGGAUGCAGAUUCUGCUGAAACAGAAAAGAAAAUGAGAAGGGAUCUUGACGUGAAAAAGCAAAAUGAAGAUGUCAAUAUGGAAACUACUCUUGUGAAGGAUAAGAGUUCUGAAGAUGUCAAGGAAGAGGAAAACGUAGAUAAAGAAAAGAAAAGUGAGAGCAGCCAGGUGUUGAAAACUGUUGCUGAUGGAGAAGAGGAGUCUGCUAUUGCAGAUCAGAAGGAGAAUGAGACGAAGGAUGAGAAUAAUGAGAAUGAAGAGGCAGCUGAUCAUUCUUCUGCAAAAGAAACAGCAGUUCAGAAAAUUGGAAAGAAACGGGUUGUUAGAAAGGUAGUUACCAAGAAGGGUGUGAAGGGGAAAGUUGCUCCGGCUGAAGAGAGGGGUGAAUCUGCAGAUGGGGCAGAAGAUGGGAACAAAGGCAGUGAAACAGAUGGAAAAGAACUAGUUGCUAAAGAGCAAUCUGAACCUGAAGCCAAGAAAGUUGGAAAGAAAAAAAUCAUUAAAAAGGCAGUUAAAAGGAAGGUUGUCACCAGGACAGAAAGGAUUACUGCCAUUGCCAAUGAUAAUCAUGACAAUAAAGUAGGUGCAGGUGAAGAAAGUACUGGGAUAAAACAAGAAAACAAGGAAGCCCAAGGUGAGCAUGUCAAUGAAAAGGACAAUGGUUCUAAUUCAAAGGUUGUUUUAGCUGAAAGGACGGAUGAGGUGGCUACAGGUAAUGAAGAAAAUAAUACAAAUAAGGCCUCAAUGGUUGAGAAGGAAGAUGGGUUAAAAAAGGAGGGUGAUUUUAAUAAGAAUGAAACUCAACCCAAUAUGGACAAAUUGAAAAGUGAAAAAGAUAAGAGCAAAGACGACAAGGAGUCUACUGAGGCUAAAGAUAAUUCCACUAAAGAGGCAAAAGACAAACAGGGAGGAUUUUCAGAAAAACAUCUGCCAUAUCCUGGUUUCUUCUUAGAGACUAAAGGGAGCAAAGAACUAAAGCUUCGGUCAACUUCAUUUUCAUUGGAAGGUCUGCUGGACUAUAGUGAGAAGGACACUGAAGAAUCUACAUUUGAGCUUUCAAUGUUUGCUGAGGUCUUAUAUGAGAUGCUUCAGUAUCAAAUGGGAUGCCAGAUUUUGGCGUAUCUUCAGGGGUUACACCUGAACUUUGUGAAAAAAAGAAACGCGCGUAAAAGAUCAAGAGACGAGAAUCCUGACAAGGCGAGUGGGGAUGAAAGAUCAGAAAAGAAGCGUUCGAAAAGCUCUAAUAGGCCUCCUGCAGAAAAUGACUCCAACCAACCUGGGUUGACUCCUGAAAGUUAUGCUAAUACUGAAGGGACAUUGGUAGAUGAAUCUGCAGCUGAACAUGAUGACACAGAGAAUGCGGGCAACACUGAAUUGGAAAUGAAGGAUGCUGGUCCUUCAGAUGCUAGAAUGCUGGAGGGGGGUGAUGAAGAUAAAAUGGUCGACUCAGAAGCCAAUGCGAAGAAGGCUGAUACAGUUGGCGGAACAGGCAUUGAUAAAAAGCCAAAUCUUGAAGAACAUAAAGUGACAAACGAAAACAAAAAGGCUGUCUCAGGGAAGGCGGAUGAUGUGGUGAAAGAGCCAUGUAUAGAUAAGGAACUGCUGCAAGCAUUCCUCUUUUUUGAUCGCAACAGAGUAGGCUACGUUAAGGUUGAGGACUUGAGAACUAUCAUUCAUAGCUUGGGCAAAUUCCUUUCGAAUAGACAAGUGAAGGAACUGGUGCAUAGUGCACUCCUGGAAACCAACACAUCAAGGGAUAACCGCAUCUUUUAUGAGAAGCUGGUUGUUGUUUCUGAUACGCUAGAAGUCCCAGUGAGCUGUUCUUUAGAAUCUCGAUAGCGUGGUCAAGCCCCUGGUUCAAGCGGAUGGAUUGCAAGUUCCAGUAAUAUCAGAAUCAGAAGUCCUUUUUAUCUUCACCCCAUUAGUUAUGAAGGCUAAAUAUGUACAAGUCGAACGAGAGGUGGACGGGAAAGGAGAAUGUUCAGGAGAGCUAAUUGUAAUGUCAUGGUGAACAAACCUGUUGCCGAAUAUUAGAGAUGAGAGUCUUACUGGUCCAUCCAUUGUUUAAGCUUAUUUAUUAUUCGUGAUAAGUUUUUCAUGUUCGAAUGCA